CUGCUCUAAUGACUGCGGAGAAGUAAUGAUGCAAAUGGCAACUGGCACUCAGUUUUGGGGGAACUAUGUGAUUUUGGUGAUGUCUCCUAGCAUCUGUCCAAUCUGACUCAACCUGUCCAAGGGUGAAAUCAGGAGAGCCAGAAAGCCUGUUAAGAAGUGACGUAUUUGGGCCCUGUACAGCGAGUAGCACAGAAGGGUUAAGAGGACUUUUGGCAAGCCAAGUUGUCAGGCAAUGUGUGGUAUGAAAAGAAGCAAACAUGCAUGACAGAACAACGCACAUAUGAGGGAUCCACGCUCACAUUUCACCCUUUGCUCCUUGAGAUGCCAGACCACAAAUGCAGCACACUUUGCCUGCAGGAAGAGGAAGAGCCAUUGGUUGCUCUGCUGUUUUGCUUCACCACUUCAGCAUGUUGUAAAAAGAAGUGAAGUGGCACCCAGCAAACCUAAAACGAAGCUAGAAGAUAUAUCAGGAGCUCUAUUAAAUUUCUUCAAUCCAGUGACAUGUCGUCCCAAAGAAGAUCAAACAGUAGUUGCUUGCCGUGCAGGAGAGAAUAUUAACAAGACUACUUGUCUGAAAAAUAGAUGUUGUCACUCUUCCAAAAAAAGCAGUCAACUGAGGUGCUAUACCCCACUCAAAGACAGACUUCAGCUGACACUGCGACUGUUUGCACUUGGAAUAGGAGGAAUGAUUAUUUUGGGGUGUCUGCCACUUCUCUGCUGUACAUAUUUACAGGGAAGUAAGUGUGCCAACCCUUUGCUAAGAGCAAACAAAGAAGUUGAGCAAAUUGUUCAGAAGCAAACAGAUAUGAGUGAAAACAUUGGUGGCUAUUUACUGGAUUUACUUAGAGAAGAUGCUAAGGAUCGCAAGCAGAAGAAGAAAGAGAAAAUGCCAGCUGAUCUUGAACAGCCCAGGCAAGACAAGGAUGCCAAUGUAACCUGAGACUUUUACACCGUGGCUCAUCAAGUCGCAAGAAGGCAGAAAUGGCACAGGAGAGCAAUGGUUACGCAGUAAAAAAGACAACCUAA